AUGAUGUCUAAAACAAUAGGUGAAGAUAAUAUUCAAAGCAUAAAAACUUAUGUUACUGAAUUAAAAAGAACGCGUGUCAAAGUACAAUACCAAAAACAGCUACUUGUCUGCCAGGCAUUCGAGGUAGAGGAAGCAAACGAUGGUGGUGGUGGUGGGGCCUCUGAUGACAUGGAUUUUGUGGAGGAAAUGGAAUAUCCUAUCAUGCCACGUCACCUUGUGUUAUGUCAGGUAACAGUUUCAAAUUCGAAUCCAACCAUAGUAAUGGUUGGAUUUCGUGUCCCUGUGGGGAACACAUUAGCAAACCAUAUACCCUCUGAGAUAACAAUUUUCCAAAGAGUUAUAAAACUAGACGAAGGCAUGAGGUCAUGGUAUGACAUCCCAUUUAUAGUUGCAGAAUCCCUUCUAGCUGAUGAAGAAAUUACAAUCUCCAUAGGAACAACUUUCAACAGAUCAACUUUACCAAGAAUAGACACUUUAGAAAUUUAUGGUAGAGUAAAGGAUGAAUUUGGUUGGAAGGAAAAAAUGGAUGCAGUACUGGACAUGGAGGCACGUGUGCUUGGUAGCAGUUCUUGGGUUUCAGGAUCUGGGAAAAAACGUUGCAUUGGUCAAGUUACUCCUAUUGAAGAACAGUUUCCCUGUUCUCUUUUAUACUUGAUGCACCUUUUAUUUGCAGGCUUGGCCUGUGCGUACUCCAAGGCUGUUGCUUUCAAGCUUGUUGCUGAUACCCCUCUUCUUACUGGACAGCAAACAAUCUUUCUUUUCUUUCCAGACAUGAUUAAAGGCAUGUUUUUGGCUGUAGUUAUUGGACCCACCUGUUGUGGUUGCCAUCAUUUUAAUAGUACAGGUAACCUUCUCAACAACAACAUUCUACUUAAGCAGGUGAGUAAUCAAGAUUAA